UACGUCUGGACCUUUUCACCAAUGACGAUGUGAUGGACAAUAUGGCGCCGGGAGUAGAUUUAGCUUGUGAAUCUGUCGUUGUCUAAAAGACUGGCGAUCCGACAGGAUGAACCUCUGCGCCCAAUACUUACGGCAGGCAGAGGCCCUGAAGGCUGACAUGACAGAUUCUAAGCUUGGUGCCGCGGAGGUCUGGACGUCACGACAGGCUCUUCAGGACUUGUACCAGAAAAUGCUGGUUACGGACCUGGAGUACGCCCUGGACAAGAAAGUUGAGCAAGAUCUCUGGAACCAUGCUUUUAAGAAUCAAAUAACGACAUUACAGAGUCAAGCUAAGAACAGGGCCAAUCCCAAUCGAAGUGAAGUACAGGCCAAUCUCUCCCUGUUUCUUGAGGCAGCUAGUGGAUUCUACACACAACUGUUGCAGGAGCUGUGCACAGUGUUUAAUGUGGACUUGCCUUGCCGUGUGAAGUCAUCUCAGCUUGGCAUCAUCAGCAAUAAACAGAGCAGCACCAGCGCCAUCGUGAAGCCCCAGCCCAGCUCCUGUUCCUACAUCUGCCAGCAUUGUCUCGUCCAUCUCGGAGAUAUUGCACGUUAUCGGAACCAAACCAGCCAGGCUGAGUCAUACUACAGACAUGCAGCUCAACUUGUUCCCUCAAAUGGUCAACCUUACAAUCAGCUGGCCAUACUGGCCUCCUCCAAAGGAGACCACCUCACAACAAUCUUCUACUACUGCAGGAGCAUUGCUGUCAAAUUCCCCUUUCCUGCUGCCUCCACCAACCUACAAAAAGCUCUUUCCAAGGCCCUUGAGAGCCGUGAUGAGGUCAAAACAAAAUGGAGUGUGUCGGAUUUCAUUAAAGCCUUCAUCAAGUUCCACGGCCAUGUUUAUCUCUGCAAAAGCCUGGAUAAGCUGAACACCCUCAGAGAGAAACUAGAAGAACAGUUCCAGAGGCUGAUUCUCCAGAAAGCCUUCAGCUCCCAGCAGCUGGUCCACAUCACGGUGAUCAACCUGUUUGAACUGCAUCACCUCCGAGACUUGAGCAAUGAAGCAGAUGAGCACAGCUACAGCUCGGAUGAGCAGAUCAGCUGGAUUCAACUCCUCGGCCUGUUCAUGUCUUUUCUGGGAGUGAUGCUAAGUCGAGCUUUACUGAAUAAGAACCGAGAGGAGAUUAUGGGAGAAUGUCCACUGCCUGCCAUUAAAGUAUCUCUGGACUGGCUGAGGCUUCGACCCACUGUGUUUAAUGAGAGUGCCAUGGACAAGCGACAGUACAUCUGGCCAUGGCUGGUGUCCAUUCUGAACAGCUUUCAGCCUAAAGAGGAGGAUGUGUCAAAUGCAUCAGUGAUUCCACUGCCUGAGGAGUUUGAAUUGCAAGGCUUUCUUGCUCUUCGGCCUGCUUUGAGGAUGCUAGACUUCUCGAAAGGGCAUCAGGGUAUAGUGAUUGGCAAAGAGAGUCUGUUAAUUCAUGCCAGACACCAGAGACUCAUCAGCUUGGGCAAGUGGGUGGCUGAUAACCAACCUCGGUUGAUCCAGUGUCGCAUGAGUGAUGGCCUUGUGCUCUUCAUCACUGACAUCCCUGAGAUAGUGGUGGAAGAGCCACAGGAAAAAGACACACCGGUCCUUCAGGAGUCCUCUAAUGGCGAACAGACCCCUAACGAAAGCACCCAUGGCCUGAAGUCAGUCCUCUCAGCCGGAAAGAACCAGAACAGUGGGCUGGAUGGCAGCGAGAGGCCCGUGGUCACAUUCAAAGAGAACAUCAAACCUCGAGAGCAGAGCAGAGAGCAGAACCGGAACCAGAACCAGAGGGACACUGGGAAGGACAGAGCAGGAUUUAAUAAAGGAAAUGGGGUACAAGGGAAGAAUGAGCAGAAGAAAGAGGGCAAGAGGAAGAGCGAGGUGAAGAAAAACAGUCAUGAUAAAACAACAGAUGCUGGGAAACAGGUGAAGACUCAGACUGAGUUGAGAAAGACUCCAGUGUCUGAGGCGAGGAAGACUCCGGUCACACAGACUCAAACCACAUGCUCUUCACAGUUUAUACCCAUCCACCACCCAGGAGCUUUCCCUCCUCUGCCGAGCAGACCAGGUUUUCCCCCACCAGCAUAUGUGAUCCCUCCUCCUGUGGCGUUCUCCAUGAGCCCAGGCUUCACCUUCCCUACGGGUGUAUCUGUACCUGCACCCUUUCUUCAGACCGCUUCUCAUCCUCAGUCUGCCAAUCCUGUCCAGACUGGAAAACCCUCACACAUUCCCUACAGCCAGCAGAGGCCCUCAGGCCCUGUAGCCCUAAACCAGGGCCCUCCCCAGCCUCAGCAGACCCAGCCUCCCCCUCCACAAACAUCCCAACAGGCUCUGCAACAAUCUGUGCAGCUCCAACUACAGCAGCAGCAGCAACAACAACAGCAGCAGCAGCAGCAGCAGCAGCAGUCACCCACCAAGCAGAGCUCUCAGCUCGGGAAAAGCCCUCCUCAUCAUCACAGCAUGCAGCAGUCUUACAUGCAGGUGCCUGAGCAGCCUGGCCAAAUGUGGAACCAGCACCAAAAUCAGCCCGGCAUGCAGAAAAUGCCCAUGCAGAUGCCAGUCAAACAGCCUUUCUUCAUGCCCACCCAGGACCCAAUGAAGCUCUUUGAACACCCUAUGAGCAUGCAGCCCCAACAGCCCAGCAUGGAUAAGAAGAUGAAGUUUCCAGAGGUCAAAGUGCAGGAUUUCUACUGGGACCCCCCUUACCACAUGGCAGGAGAGGGAAGGAGCACAAUGGCGGACCGAAUGGGCAAACGUCAGCCUGGAGUCUUUUGCUCUGACCAGGAGAACAUGCCCAGAGGCCCUCCAUAUGAAGACAACAAGAGCUCCCCUCUUCUGCCCCCAGACCUGUUAAAAACUCUGGCGGAUUUUGAGGAGGAGGAGGAGCUGCUCUUUACUAAACCUCAUGAUUUCUACCAGGCCUUGGCUGGUCCUCUUAAUUCUGCUCCUGGAAGGAACAUGUUUUUGCCAAAUCAGUCUCGGCUUGACAGUGGAGCUGAUGUGAUUGGUCAGUCCUCCCUUCUUCCUCGAUUUUCCAUUCAGGAUAACUCCUACCAGAACAACAGCAUUUUUAGUGAGGCCUACGGUAAAAACAUGACACCUUCAUCUAAGCCGGAUGCACCCAUGAUGCAUCAGGAGCCCUCACUCUAUUCCCUGUUUGAAGGAAAUCCCUGGUCUCCCUCCCUUCCUGCCAGCUCAGAUCACUCAACCCCAGCAAGCCAGUCCCCUCACUCCUCCAAUCCCAGCAGUCUGCCUUCAUCCCCACCCACCCACAGCCAUGGCUCCAUGCCCUUCUCCAACUUUGGCCCCAUCGGGACGCCAGACAGCAGAGACCGCCGAGCAAAUGAUCGCUGGAAGGCUGAGAAGACUGGUGUGAGUGGCUUUGGGCUGGAUUACCUGCCUUCUGCCUCGACCUCGUCUGUUCCAGAGACCAACAGCUGGCACCAGGGGGCGCCAACCAGCACCUGGGCAGCCCAGGACAUGCCAAUGGAGGACUCCUCUACUGUCCUACUUGACAGUUUCAAGUCAAUCUGGUCGAGCUCCAUGAUGCAGCCUGGUCCGUCUGCGCUGGAGCAGCUCCUGAUGCAGCAGAAACAGAAGCAACAGCGCGGACACGGCAACAUGAACCCGCCACACUGAGAGUCCACAGGGUAGAUGCACUUGUGUGAAACAUGAUUCAACAGAAGAGGUGAAAAACCACAAGCUCCAAUCGGAAAUUUUUCCGGCAUUACCUGCGCGCGGAGACUGGAGACGGUGACCGAUGCGAAGCGACAGGCUCAAAACGAACCGCUCGCCUGACCGAAGAGGGACGUGUGCAGCCCUCUCCUCUCCUCUAUCUCUCUCACUCACUCUGUCUCUGUCCCUGUGAGGGCGUACAAGCACGUAGCCGCUGCCGAACACUGACUCUGAGGGGCUGCAUCUCUCUCUGAUUGCCACCUCGCUUCCUUUGGGGGUCUAAGGUUCAUUCUCCUGUCUCAUCUGGACUUAAGACUCUGGACUAGAUGCCCUCAUGCCACCUGCUUACAUUGCGACCGGCGCAUGGAGGGGUUGGGUGCGUGCGCGUCGGGAUGUUUAUCGACGACAGACGUGGUAUUACGAUGGACAAAAAAAAAAAAGAAAACGAAGGAAGGACUGGUUUUGCGUUGUCUCCAAGUCUCACUUUCUCAGAGGGAUUCGUGUCACUGUUUAGAAUUGGGAGAAAAAAAAUGAAGCAGACGAAUGAAGGAUGACGAUGUGAUCGGCAUUAACUAUGCGAAUAUGCGCUCCAAUAUUAGGAUUUAGAUUGACGCAGGCAUGGAUCAUGGUGGCGUUGAUGUACAGUCUUUCGACUUUGUAAGAAAAGUUCGGUAAACAGGACAGAUAAAAGUUCGAACCAUUAUGAAGCUCCUAGCGACAUUAUAGCUCAAUCAGUAUCAAGCGGAGUUGGAGGUUAGACUAUAGAUGUAGGAUGUAGUAUCAUUAGCUGCAAUAGAGACUGCAAUUAUUAACAAUACUGUAUUUUGUGACUUGUUCUGUAGCAGUUUUAGCUCUCUGAAUUAUUAUUCGGUAAAUAUGUUCGAUAGUUUACUGCUAACGGGGGAGUUCAUUCGAUAUAAAUGUGUGCCUCCCCUUCUCCCUCCUCCUCCUCCUCUCCUUGUUUCUUUAUUCUCCUGCUUAAAAGCAUAAUGGCUUCUUUCGUUCAUGUUCUGCCUUUUUAUUAAUAGUUUUAAGCUUUAUUCGCUCUCUUUGUGCCUGGUCUGUGUUUUCUCUCUUCCUUUUUGUUGUUCUUUCUCUAUUUUUGUUUUAAGGAAUCGUUAGCAUCGCAAUCACGGUUGGUACUGUAGGGAAGAUUGAGGAAAACGAGGCGACCGGGUCCAGCAGCGACUGCUUGAUGGUAAAGAAAGGGAAGCCUGUUUUUCCUAAAGCAAAGCAAAGCAAGCUCACAGACACUGAAUUUACUUCCAGGUACCAGUUCCACUGUAUUCUAUAUUAACAACGUACCUUCGAAAGGAUGCUUUCCCAAGCACCCGUUACGCUCAAAGCACUAAAAAAGAAAAAGAAAAAAGAAAAAAAAAAGAGGAAGAACGCUAGCCCGAUUACUGCUUUACUCUGAAAACCUAUAUCGAUGGUUGCAUCAGGAUAGUGUCAUGUGACUUAUUUUUUACAGUCACAUUAUCAGAUCCCCUGCUUGCAGCCUUUUUUCUCUUCAAGGUCAUAUUGAUUUGACAACUAACGGUUCUCUUUGAGUAGAGGAUAUAUAUAGCACUGAGUAGGCCUUGUUUGGGUGCCACUGUUUGCUAGAGAUGUUCUGGGGCCAGGGGUUACUGUUGGAUUAGUUGAAGUAUCUAUAAAGGUGGUUUCGUUCGACGAAGGUUAUACGAAAGACGUACUCUGUCUUGUAUGAUGAGAAUAAAGCGUGUUUUUAUUUUUGAGUAGAGAACAUUUUAUUAAAGACGAACUUUAAAUAAUGUGUCUAUUUGCCGUGUGAUUGUGCUUCUCUUGUUGCAUUUAAAAUCGUAUAAAAAAUAGAGGAAUAAAUAAUUACAUGGAACCUUAAAGGAUGAGUUUGGUUGGGAAAGAAACUGUUCUGAGGGAACUGCGUAUCCUGUUCUGUUCAUCUUUUGUUUUAGAAUCGUUUAGCAAGGAGUUUCAGAAGCCUGUGCUCUGAUUGGUUGCUGUGGACGCAUUGACAUUCUUUUAUUUUGGACGGACCUGUGGUGGUCUUGUGUGAAUGUGCUUUUUUUUUCCAAACCCUGCAUUGUAAAAUGUGGAUUCCCCCCCUGUUGUCCUUUAUCCAUCUUUUAAUUGUGGCUUCCGUAGUGAUGUACAUUACAAUGCUGAUCACAGGACAACAGCCUUGCGCCUUUGGGUCGUAAUAAUAACAUUCCAAUAGCUAAAAAAUAACAGCCAGCUUUUUACAGUCGAUUUAGUUACCACUAAGAAGGUUUGUCCCAAUCUUAAAUUCAGUCUGCCACUCCUGAAAUUUUGCAUGAAAUCCAUCUUUCAGAAUGCCUUGUAUUUUGGAUGAGGGAGAUAUCCAGUCAAGCUUUUUUUGUUUUGUUUUUUAGAGUAUUUUGUCAGGGAAUAGUUGGGGGUGAGGAUAUCUCCUUCUAUAAUGGGCUUGAUUUAUUGUGUUCUUGUCUCUUCGUGGACACUUGUAAACGCUGGAAUCAGCUAUGCCUUUAAUAAAAUAAACGUCCUCAUAUGCAGA